CCCCCCCCAAACAAAAAAAAAAUGUCCGACUCUGAAACCACAACCACCGUCUCCACCACUGCACCGCCUCCAGAGGACGAUUCAUCCGUGACGGAUACAAAGAAGCAGGCAAGAAAUGCCAUUUCCUUUAGCAUCUGGCCACUGACUCAACGUACACGCGACUCAGUAAUCACCCGCCUAAUCGAGACCUUGUCAACGACUUCCGUUCUCUCCAAGCGCUACGGUACCGUUCCCCAUGACGAGGCCUCCGAAAUCUCCCGCCGCAUUGAGGAGGAGGCCUUUUCUGUUGCCACCUCCUCGGCAUCGUCGGAGGAUGACGGACUCGAGGUUGUCCAGCUUUACUCUAAGGAGAUCAGUAAGCGGAUGUUAGAGACCGUCAAGGCUCGGUCUGGAUCAAGCGCAAAUGGUGAUAAUAGUGCAGCGAAGACGGUGAGUGCUGAUGUGACGCCAACAUCGGCGGUGAGCGAGGAGGUUUUAAGUUCUGUUGAGACUGAAGCAGGUUGAUCUAAUUAGGGGUUUUUAGCUUCAAACUUGGUAUGUUUUUAGAGUAUUUUUUUCCCUUAAAGUUUGGUGUUUAUUAUAUUGAGAUCUGGCUGUAUUAACUUAUGGAUUUUGAUGGUGAUUACUCGAUGAAAAUAAUUUAGUAAUAGUAUUAUCUAGGGUUUAUUCUUA